CUACUAUCCUUAUAGCUAACUGUGAAGAAAAGUUGGUAAAAUUAACAAAAUUCCAACUUUUGGAGAGUAACUUAAUAUCGGAAAGUUUUGAUACGUCGUGUCAGUAUGUUCUCAAUAGUUUGAAAGAAGAAUUCUUUAAAACUUUGGGGCACCAUUUCGGUGAAGAAGCUGUCAAAAAAUUUCGAAAUUGUCAUUACGAGCAUGCGGAAUAUCUUUACAGAAGGUUUUGUUUACCCAGAAUAAUUAACAACUUUAGAGACGAUACAAAAACAUUUAAUAUUAUUGAAUUAGAUAUUGAAUGUUGGUGUCCAAGCUUGGUGAGUUAUAUUACAGGAGAACAACGAAAGCGAUUUGAAGAAGAGGAUUGGAUUUUAGAACUCGAUUUCCACAACGUUAAAUUAAUUUUCGACCCAGUAGUCGACAAAAUUCUUGAAUUCAUUAUGCAACAAAUUUUAGAUUCUAAACCGAUUGAUGUUAUAUUUUUAGUUGGGAAAUUUAGUGAGAUUCCUUAUUUCUUAAAGCGUGUAAAAGAAAAAUUUACCGGAAAAGUACAAGAAAUUAUUGUCCCAGUCCAUCCUGCAGCUUCAUUAAUUCGAGGAUCUGUUUUUUAUGGUCUUAACCUUAUCAAAACUUUGCCAAAAAAAGAUUUGAAAUGGAAUUAUGGAAUCGGUAUACAUAAUAAUUGGAAAGCAAAACAUACAAGCAUGGAAAAAUCGACUACGGCCUCAUGUGAAUUUUUUCAUCUAAUUGCGCGUAAAGGAACAUUAAUCGAUAAAACACAAGAAUUUUCUGUUCUUUUCUCGCCAGUUCCAUUCUUUGCGAAUCAGCUGAAUGUAAAUAUCUAUGUCACCGAAAAGUUCGAUGUGAAGUUGUGUUCGGAUGAAGGAGUAAAGAUUUUUGGAAGGAUAACCGUUAUUCUUCCAGAUUUUAUGGAAUCUAUUAAUGAAAUUCUUGCUGUGAAAUUAAUCUUUUAUAUUGGAAAAAAUGAAUUCAAAACUAUUGCAAAAGAUUCACAAACUGACAAAGAAUUUGAAACGAUUUUAGAUUUCAACAUUGAUAUUUCUUUAUAUUAG